CAGAGCGCCAGUGCACUGCUCUCUAGGUAGCCCUUCCGUGAAGCCCUCCGAGGGGACUCCGCUCCACCCUCACCGCUCCACCCUCACCUCUGGUCCUCCGCACCUCCACACCUCUGCACCUCCAGACACCACUGCACGAGACCAUGGACAAUCUCCACAACUCCUCGUUCCACUUUGACAAUGACACGCCCUGGUUCAUCUACGAGUGCACCAUCGAGCUGGACGCAGACAACCGCCGCGUCGCCCUGUUCCUGCUCUACCUACUGCUGUUCAUGGUGGGGCUGGCCGAGAACACCGUGGUGGUGUGGAUCAACUGGCGGCGCCGGCACUCACCGAGCGCCGUGCUUUUCUGCGUGCUCAACGUCAGCAUCUCCGACCUGAUGGUGGUGCUGGUCAUGCCCUUCUUCAUGCUAGAGGUGAUGCUGGACAAGGUGUGGCUGUGGGGCCGCUUCCUGUGUAAGGUGACGCACCUUGUCUAUGUGGUCAACUUCUACAGUAGCUCCUUCUUCCUGGCCCACAUGACGCUGGAGCGCUACCUGGCGCUGACGCGGCCAGCCUCGCGGACCUGGGGCCCCGCAGACAAGCAGCGGCGGGCCUUCCUGUGCGCCGGCCUCUGGACCCUCUCGCUAGUCCUGGCCCUGGUGGAGAACGUCCAUGUGGACCUACUGGAGUGGAACGAGCCAGGCUGCUACAUGCUGCCCGAGUACAGCUACGCCGAGUGGUUUGCCGCCAUCACCUUCCUCUGCCUCAUCUUCCAGUUCCUGGGCCCAGCCGCUAUCAUCAUCACCUGCAACGUGCUGAUCGCUCGUGCCGUCCGCUCGGCGCCCGACGUGCAGCAGGGCCGCCGCGACAUCUGGCUUGUGCAUGUCUACUCGCUGGUGUUUGUGGUCUGCUGGCUGCCGCACCACCUGGUGAUGUUCCUGCUGAUGGUGGAUGACCUGGACCCGCGGCUCUUCAGCUGCAACAUGGUGGAGGUGCUGUACUUCUCCUUCUCGGUGGUGCAGGCUAUCUCACUGGCCCACUGUGUGGCCAACCCCAUCCUCUACAACUUCCUCAGCAAGAGCUUCCGCGCCAGCUUCAUCAACGCCAUGCUGCAGUACAUCCCGCGGGAGGCCGGCGAGGCCCGUGACCAUGGCAAUGCCGUGGAGGGGGGGGCGGGUGCCGCGCCGGGCAAAGAGCGCAAGGUCAGCGACGCCAGCACCAGCCACUCGGAUGUCGUCUCCUAAAGAGUAGGGGGGACACACUGAAUGAUCCACGUUGCGGUGGGACUGCUCUGAAAUUAAAUGCGGGAGUGGCUUUUUUUCCUGUGUGUGCCACAGUACAUGCAAUUAGGAACCCCCCCAGGCCUCUUAAAAAAACCUCAUGGAGUAUGCAGUUCGCUGACAGUUGUUUGCAUAACGAGUUCAUCACAGCGAUGCUCUUUUGUUCAGAAUUGGCCUCCUGUUAUUUUCCCUGGCUCCAUCGACAGUGUAAAGAGAGAUAUCCUUUUGAGGGCCUACUCCAGGAAGGAAAUAUUUUCAGUGUUUUUUUCCUCUUCUGUUAACACCAGCAGGGACCUAGCUGUAAUAUCUAGGAACAGUUGGAACUCUACAUUACAUGUACAAAAUAAAACAGUAAACUGAAGUACCAGCUAUAUUUUCACCCUCCAUUAAAUGAACUGAUUGCAUCUGGGUCCCCCUUUUUGGACUUCAGAUUUUGGAAAAUAUGAUGACAAAGACUUCAGACUGAGAAACUAAAUAGACCCCCUGUUAAUGUUCCAGGAUACUUCCAUGUAAAGCUGCUUCUUCUAUGCCACAUAGCCAUGGACUCUACAAUAAGCAAGUGAGCAAAUUUAUAGGGUGAAA